AGAAGUCCUGUCUCUGGAGCUGGAGACACUGAGGUCCUGGGAGCUGUCCAGCCUAACUGGUGCUGAUAGCAGAAAUCCAUCCCAUGGAGCUCUCCUCUCAAUGUGCUGCUGAAUACAGUUAGAUCCCUGGAGCUUUCUCCAGUACCUCCUGCUGCUGCUGAAGACCAGUAAGGUCCAAGGAGAGGUUCACUAUUAGGUACUGAAAAAGGAGUCCAGUUUCUUGGACACAUACUCACAGCGUGGUGGUACUCAAGAAGAGGUGGACACUGUGCUGGUCCAUGAUGAUGUCCACAGUGAGUUACUGAAGACUUGAUGCUGAAGAAGAACUAGAUAUAUGGUACAGGAUGUCCACACGGUAGUCCUUAAGGAGGUCCUAGGAGAUGUCCCAAUAAUGAGAUGCUGAAGAGGUAGCAGGUCCCCAAAGUCCUCAGUAAGACUCUGAAGACUCAGGUCCGGGGUGAUGUCCAUGCAGUGAGUGAGCUGCACGGGGUCUCAGCUGUCCCACCUGUUUGGUGCUGAAGAGGUUACACAGGUGGAGGGCGAUGUUCAUGCAGUGAUCUGCAGGAAGAUUCAGCAGUCCCUCUUGCUUGGUGCUGAAGAAAAGGUCAGAGGUCCAGGGUGAUGUCCAUGCAGUGAUCUGCAGGAGGUCUCAGCUAGCCUACCUGCUUGCUGCUGAAGAAGAGGUCAGAGGUCCAGGGUGAUGUCCAUACAGUGAGUAAGCUGCAGGAGGUCUCAGCUGUCCCACCUGGUUGAUGUUGAAAAAUAAGUCCAGGGUGAUGUCCAUGCAGUGACGAUCUCAGGGUCUUGGAGGUGUCCCACAGCCUACUGCUGAGCCCAGCUCCUGAUUCUCUCCUCCUCCCCAUCUCCUCUCCCCCCGGCUGCUCCUUUAAGAAGCACAUUGCUCCACCGUGGCCGUGGGAUGGUGUUUGAGGCUACAGAGGAAGUUACGCAGCCAGGGAUCAUGCCUUGAGAUAAAAGCUCCGCUUGUGAUUGAAAGUGAUGGCUGGAGGAUUAAUCCUCAGUAUUAAGUUGGGAGAGGUAGGGAGCAGAGCAGAGAUCUGAUAAAGCCUGCUGCCAUCUGCCCAUCAGAGCUCCACCAGAGAGACUGACACCAGCCUGAAAACAACGGGGGAAACCAGGAGACUUUAAACAGGAAAUGAAACUGGCAACAUUUCACUUUUUAUUUUCUUAAAGCAACACAAAGCCAAAAAAAAAAUUAAAAAAAAGUUUACUUGCUCUCAUUGUCUGUUGCAGUGUGAUGGGCUGUUAGAUAAUCCCCCACCUCCCCCUGGUUAUCUCAUCCACAGCUCAAUGUGUGUGCACACUGAGGAAGGAGAUCACAAACUCACAAAGCUGGAUACCAUCUCCUGCUAAAGACACACAGAGAAGGAGGGAGCAGGUCCAACUGGCUGAGGAAACUCACAAAGCAGGAAUCGCUGGCUGGAAGCCUCUUUCGGCUCAUCAAGAAAAGAAAAAUAUUACUUCUAACAAUGAACAAAAGAAUGGUUUAUCGGAAAAAGGAAAUAUCAAAGUAUAAACUGCCUGGGUCAAUAUAAUAGCUAAAUUGCUCCUGCACUUCUCUGGUUCCUACAACUGUUUUUUUUUUUUACGAAGCUGAAAAGACACAAAGAUCUUGAGGAAGCCAAGGUGGAUUUUGGUUGUCCAGUUCUUUCCAACAAGCACAAAAUUUGCGCUCUAGAACACUGCACAAACAGAACUAAACACCCGUUACUGUUGCUCUAGAAGAGUAGAUACUUGAGAUAUCUUGUUUGAGCUCUGUGCAUUGCAGUCAAUGUUUCGAUCCAACAAGAAAGAAAACUGGGCUAUCUGGAGAUAUCUUUAUAGUAUUAAGACUGUGUUAUUAAGGCGUUGGCUCUAUAGCAACUUUAUCGAGAUAGUUCCACCAACUAUGACCAUCCCUCUUAAUGCAGGACAUCCAAAAGUAUCUAUACAUCUGUAGAUGAGGCUUUUCCAUGCUGAUCCUGAUAGUAGCAGCACGGCUCCUUGAAGCUUACCCUGCAGGGCCUGUAAGGAUCUCCUCUGCCAGAGGACUUCAUUGUUGGUGCCAGUUAUCAUGCUGCCGUUGGCUGCCUUCCUUGUACACUGCUUCCCUUUGGCAUUGGGACACUAUGAUAUCUGCAAAUCCUGGGUGACAUCUGGUGACAGCCCAUCUUGGGAAUAUCAUGCCUGCCAACCAAAGCCCAUGUUUAUGAAGGGGUAUGCAAUGGUGAAAGUGGAACCUCCUGGAAUUACCUGUGGGGACCCUGCAGAAUAUUUCUGCACACAUGAAAACCCAUACCUUUGCAGUGAUGAAUGUGAUGCUGCCAAUCGCGACCUUGCUCACCCACCAAGACUGAUGUUUGACAAGGAGGAAGAUGGUCUUGCCACCUACUGGCAAAGUGUUACGUGGAAAAGAUAUCCCGAGCCACUCAUAGCUAACAUCACAUUGUCUUGGAACAAGAGUAUAGAGCUAACAGAUGACAUUGUGGUGACCUUUGAGUAUGGGCGUCCUACAAUGAUGGUAUUGGAGAAAUCAUUGGACCAUGGGAAGACCUGGCACCCUUACCAGUUUUAUGCUGAUGACUGUAUGGAAGCAUUUGGCAUGAUGUCCAAUAAGAUCAGGGAAUUGACAACUGAUAAUGCUAAGCGUGUGCAAUGCACAGAGGAAUACUCCCGCUGGGCGGGCUCCAAAAAGGAGAAGAAUGUACGUUUUGACGUCAGAGAACGUUUUGCCAUCUUUGCGGGCCCUGAUCUUAGAAAGAUGGAGAACUUAUACAUGGCAAUGGAGAGAGUCAAAGGCUUGAAGGAAUUCUUCACACUUACCGACCUACGAAUUCGACUCCUGCGCCCAGCACUUGGUGGGACCUAUGUGCAGAGAGAUAACCUGAAAAAAUAUUUCUAUGCUAUCUCCAACAUAGAAGUGAUUGCAAGGUGUAAAUGCAAUCUACAUGCUAGCUCAUGCAAUUUCCGCGAUGGCAGUUUGCAGUGUGAAUGUGAACAUAACACCACUGGACAAGAUUGUGGCAGGUGUAAAAAGAACUUUCACACCAAGUUUUGGCGUGCCGGCUCCUACAACCCUGCUCCUCGUGGAUCCCCAAAUUCAUGUACACAGGCCGGUACCAUCUUGGACAUAGUAUCGCCCACCCCAAAGCCAGAAAGCACAACGCUCAGGAAAGUCCAUAUGCCUGAUUCUAGCACCUACCACCGUGAGAAAUAUAUUUCCACACCUACAAAAGCAAACCCCGUUCUUCGUAUCUCAGAUCCUCCUCCUAUGAAAGAGGUCAAGGAGAACACAGCUUUGCUGCAAGAACACACCACCACCUCUGUUGUGCCCCUCUGGGGGUUCUUCCCUCCAUCACAAUGUUACAGCCACACAGAAGCCAUCCAGGUUUCCACAAUCCCUCCAGUACUGGAGACUAAACUCCAGCAUCGAGAGAUUCCAGAGAAAAUCAGAGCUGCUCCUCCCAUUAACAAAGAAUUGACUCUGACUCCUUCUUCUGGCAUGAAACACAGCAAGAAAGCUUCCCCAAAGGGUUCAAUCGUCCUUGAAUCCACACCGGCCAUUGUGACGGAAUCUUCAGUAAAGAUUUUAAAAAGCUGCGAGUGCUUAGGACACUCCAAUCGCUGCAGUUACAUCGAACAACUGAAUGUGGUGACUUGUGUCAGCUGCAAACACAACACUCGAGGCAAACAUUGCGAGCAGUGCCGGCUUGGUUAUUACAGAAAUGUCUCUGUCGGGCUGGACGAUAAGAAUGUCUGCGUAGAAUGUGAUUGUAACCAGAUGGGAUCUUGGCAUGACCGCUGCAAUGAAACCGGUUACUGUGAAUGCAAGAGUGGUACUACUGGACCCAAGUGUGAUGAGUGCUUGCCAGGGCACCACUGGAUAGAGGGGUGCAAACCCAACAUGUGCGAUGAAGAACUCUUAAUCUGCCAGAAUGGUGGCACGUGCCACUAUGGACAGAAGUGUAUCUGCCCACCGGGCUUCAAAGGAGCUCUGUGUCAACACGCCAAGUGUGACUCCAACCACAGGAACUGUGACUCCGCCUCCAACGCCUUGGUCGCCUCUGCCCUGGUCCUCAUUUGCACACUCAUGCUGAGCGUGGUAUAUAUUUAAAUCCCUGACUUGUGUAGGCUGAGCACACUGCAGGAGCUGUGUAUACAAAUCACUCAAUCUUCCUGUUAUGGAGUACUAGAUAAACUGGGGUUGGUGUCUGAUGGUAACUCAUCUUCUGCAGUGCCUUAUUGCCUUGUCAACUGAGACAUCUGGGGAGCUUGUCAAAGCACACUGAUGUCAUUGCUGGUCAUGUGCAAAUGACGCCCUCAGGUGGAAGAGUCUAUUCUUCCCCCAAUCACGGUGUGGUUGUAGACAUCUAACUUUGGACUGGCCUUGUCUUGGGCAAUAUCUACCUACCUUAUGGACUCCCGACCGAUGGAGUAUGAGUGAUCACCAGCUGUGGGUCAAUGCUUAUACAAGCAGGAAGGUUACAAGUUCAUUUCAUCUCAAUUCAGUAGAGAUGGGGGAAAGCCACGCAGAAGAUAAAAUGUUUUUCUAAACAGAAGGGGUCUCCUCUACAUGUAAUAUGAAGAGGUGAAAACUAGACCCCGUGCCAAAAACAAGGACAGACACUAAUAUAUAGACAGACAUACAAGAGGGCGGCACUGGAUUGUAGAACACAUUGUGGCAGCAGGUGACUGACUGGAAAAUAUUUGGCUCUGACUGUUUGAUGUUUCUUUGUGUGAAGGAUAUUGGCUGCCUUCGUUCCAACUCCUACGGCAUUUCCUGCAUUUCACAAAUUUUAGUGUUCGUUCUAAACAUGCAGUCCCACAUGCAAAUCUCCGACGAGCUUCAUUUGAAAAUUAUUAGUAAUGAAAAUGUGGCUAUGUAGGGAAGUCACAUUUGAACAUUGACAAUAAAUGAGUCGAGUUUACAAAAACUGGAAU